AGUCCUGGCGUUUGCUUUCAGAAAAAAAUCCAGUCAAGCCAGCUUCCAGGCCUUCCAGAGUUCCCGUCUCCGUCCUGUCCACCCAAAAGCUCCACCCAGUCCGGCAGAGGCGAGUCUCGGUGAGAGAUCCAGGUUGGCGAGAAGCGUUUUCCAGCCCUCGGCUCUGCAACCUCUCCUGGAAUCAGCCGGCCUGCCUGCCUGCCUUCCUCGCGUCCUUUCUCCCAAAGGGUCUGAGCGACCAGGAGUGCCAGGGCCCUCUUGUGCCCCUCUUAGCCCUGGGAGCCAAGCGAUCUUGGAAGGAAGAUGGCCACUCUUGGAGAUUUGCCGGAACAUUUGUUGCUGGACGUCCUGUCCUUUGUGCCUUCGAGGGACCUGAUUCUCAGCUGCCGGCUGGUGUGCCUGCACUGGCGAGCCCUGGUGGACAUGCCAGUUCUCUGGAAGCGCAAAUUCCAACAGAAAGGCAAGGACUCCGACGAGAAAGAACUGAAAGCCUUCUACAUUCUCUGCCACCUGGAGAAGAACUUAAUCAGCAACCCUUGUGGUGAAGAGGGCUUGGACUUCUGGGAAACCAGGACAUCCCCAGAAGGCCAGUGGAAAAUCGAGGAAAUAUCGGAAAACGACUCAUUGGAAAUUGAAACGACUGACGUCCUUCUGAGAAAUAUUUAUAUAAAAGAUGAAGACAUUCCCUACCAGCACAUUAAGAAAUGCUUCGCUGCAUAUAAUGGGCUCGGCAUCAAGUCUCAGUGGGUCACCUUGAAGGACCACGGCUACUGGGACGAGCUGAUCGACGAGAUCAACCCCACGAUCGUGGUGAAGGACUGGUAUUACUACACCCACCGUUGCUACUACCGACUGUGUGUGAAACUGCUGUCGGCCGAAUUUGCAGUCCUUCAGGAAUACUGCUCUGGAGAUGAGUACAAAUGCGACUUGAAAGACAAUGAAUGGCGGGAGGUUUCGUGCACUUUCAACAGCUGCCCUCCGGGAGUUCGCCACAUCCUCUUUCAACACCAGGGCCAACACAUUAACCUGAGCCACUCCAGGGGCAGGAUGAGAAUCACCAAAAGCAGCAUCACGGUCGGCCCGUUUUCUUGCUAUCAGUUCUUACGCCUCGACACGCGAAGGUCUAAUAUCUCCAGCCAACGAAUUCGUGUCUUUGACUGCCUGGGCUGGCUUCUGCAGGAAUAUUUCAAGCUCCUUGUCCUGCCCCGGCCGAGGGCUUUCCACGCGCUGACAGCUGCUGCUUUGCAUUUUCUCCUUUCGCGAUCUGCUUUCGGCUGGGGGCCCCUCGGGGCAGAGCCCCUUGCCCCCGGUUCUGCGCCCCUUCCUAGAUCAGCGGCUCUUCUUCCCAGCUGCCCAGGCCUUCCCAAAAGAGGAAUGGUGAACAUCAGAGACUUACCCGAAGACAUCCUGAUGGAUGUGCUGGUUCGGGUCCCUGCCAGGGAAUUGGUCCGCAGCUGUCGGCUGGUCUGUACGCUCUGGCGGGACGUGGUCGACCUCCCAAGCCUUUGGAAGCGCAAGUUGCAAGACGAGGGGUACGACCUUCGGACGUCAGAGAGGAACCUGCCUGACUGGCGGACUUGCUACUUCCUGUGGACCCUGAAGAAGAACUUGAUCAGGAAUCCGUGUGCUGAAGAGGGUUUUGACUUCUGGGAAAAAGAAUCCAACGGCGGCGAUGGAUGGAAGAUCGAGACGCUCCCCGGAGACCACGGAAGGGUCUUUCCUCAUCCGAAUGUCCAGAAGUACUUCGUCACGUCCUACGGGGCCUGCAUCAAAACCCAGCUCGUCACCCUGAAGGAGCACGGCUACUGGGACCAGCUGAUGGAUGAAAUCAGGCCGGAUAUUGUAGUGAAGGACUGGUAUGCGGCCCGCUUUGAUUGUGGCUGCCUCUACAAGCUCCGCGUGAAGCUUCUCUCGGUCGACUACAUUGUCCUUCACGAAUACCUGCCUGAGGAUGUGUUCAUUGAGCAGUGGAGUAACGCGGAGUGGCACGAGGUUUCGUACACGUUUCACAACUACCCUCCCGGCGUCCGACACAUCCUCUUUUGCCACGGGGGCCACGACAUACAGUUCUGGGCAGGCUGGUACGGCGUCCGAGUGACCAACAGCAGCAUCUCCAUUGAGCCAGAGGUGGCCGAUUCCUCCUGAGACCCGUCGCCGCCUUGAGACACAUGCAGACAGCAACAGCUGAUGCAUGUAUGAGAAAAGCGCCCCUUGGGGGAGGACAGCUGUUCCACCCACUCAAGGGUGGUGGUUAGCCGUAGAGCGCCCUAUUUCUGGUCUAUAAUCCCAGCUGGAGCUGACUGGCUGGCCCAUGUGCCAUAAAGGGACACCUUCUCGGCUGCCCGUGGUACCAAGCAGCAGGCUGUUUGGGAAGUGGAACAAGGAAAAAACACGGAGGAGCCACAGUGGCGGAAUGUGGCCAGGUUUGCUCGAUCGGGUUAGGAAACGGGCGACGUGGAUGCACCACCGAGCCAGCAAAGGCUCAAAGGUUACCACGGCACAGUAGCACAUCAUGCAGUGGUUCUUGGAAAAAGAGUUGUUCUCUUGUCUUUUGGCAACCCGCGCAUAAAUAAAACGGUUCAAACACCCA